AUGCCGCCCUCUCCAUUUAGUCUUGUAGCGCUCGCAGUGGGGGCAUGGGCUCUCUACAAAAUAUACGUCAAAUUCAUCAUGCCCCGUCCGGAGGACAUCAUUCCCGCACCACCGCUUCAUGCCUGGUUCCUGGGACACCUUCCGAUGGUUAUGGGCCGCCAGGGCUGGAAACAAUGGAGUGCUUGGGCCGAUGAAUAUGGCACUACCUUCAGACUCAAGUUCCCCGUCGAGAGGCGCGUGGUGGUUACUCACGACCCCAAGGUACUGCAUCAUGUCUUGGUCAAGGACAGCGACAACUUUCCCAAACAUAUCUCGCCAUCUGAUGACCUUAAACUUCUCCUCGGCCCAGGAGUGCUCACUACCGUGGGGCACCAACACAAACGGCAAAGGAAGCUUCUCACCCCAGUAUUCGCCGCUUCGCAUCUUCGAAACAUGGCAAACAUAUUCUACAAUGUCGCCCACAGGGUGGUCGAAGCUAUGGAGAAACGGAUUCCCACUCACGAGACUGCGGAAGACCUGGAUGUCAACGGUUGGAUGGCGCGCACGACUCUUGAAAUGCUCGGUCAGGCCGGCCUAGGGUACUCCUUCGACAACUUCCUAGACGACUCGACGGACGAGUACGGACAGUCACUGAAGAUGUUCUUCCCAACGCUUAACUCUGCCGUGUUCAUACAGAUUGUGGCCCCGAUCAUGUCAGAAUAUAUCCCUGAUUGGCUCAGCUGCGCCUUAUGGCGCAUAUUCCCGAAUAAGAGCAUCAACCGCAUGAUGCACAUUCGGGACACGAUGUACCGUCGCUCCAAAGAGAUUAUUUCGGAGAAGAAAUUGGCACUCGAGAGAGGCGACCAGGCGCUCGCUCAUGAGGUCGGCGAGGGCAAGGACAUCAUGAGCAUUUGCCUGAAGGCCAACAUGUCCGCGGCGGACCACGACAAGAUGGACGAUGAGGAGAUUAUUGCCCAAAUGUCUACGUUCAUUCUCGCCGGAAUGGACACGACUUCGAACGCGCUCUCACGCAUCCUGUUGCUCCUCGCGGAACACCCGGAUGCUCAGGAGAAACUGCGCGCUGAGAUACUCGAGGCGCAGGGGGUAGACCGCUCGGACAUCUCGUACGAAGACCUCAUAAAACUUCCCUACCUCGACGCAGUCUGCCGCGAGACGCUCCGCCUCUACGCCCCCGUUCCGAUCACCGGCCGCAUGGUUGCCAAAGACACCGCUAUCCCGCUCUCGCAGCCGAUGAGGGGUGUUGACGGCCGCGAGAUCAACGAAAUCGUGCUCAAGCGUGAUUCCGUUGUCAUCACGUAUCUCCAGGGCAGCAACGUCAACAAGGAACUCUGGGGAGAAGACGCGCUGGAGUGGAAACCAGAACGGUGGCUAAGCCCUCUCCCAGGUGCCGUUGACGAAGCGCGAAUCCCUGGGGUGUAUGCGCACCUAAUGACGUUCUCUGCCGGAUCUACAUCGUGCAUAGGAUUCAAGUUCUCCCAAGUUGAGAUGAAGGUUGUGUUGUCCACCCUUCUCCCCGCAUUCUCGUUUGCGCCAACGGACAAGGAGGUGGUGUGGAACUCGUCCGCGGUGCUUUAUCCUACGAUGGGCUAUGAGAAAGAGUUGCCGGAAAUGCGUCUCAUGGUAAAGAUCAUCAAGGACUAA